CCGUAGUAGUCAACCUCUCUCUCUCUCUCUCUCACUCUGUCUGUCCCAGUCUCUCUCUCUCUCUCUCUCUCUCUCUCUCUCUCUCUCUCUCUCUCUCUGGUGAGGGGGCCACGUCGGUGCUAGGGCUUCUGAUAAAUGUAUGUGAUGUAUCAUGCAAUAGAUGGAGCGUGAGAUUCAAUCGAAUGUCAACGGCGUGGAGACAUGCGCGAUGGAGACCCAGGACAUUGUCAAGGGUAUCGCAGUUGUCAGCAACGAAGGGAUAUCGGUCGGAGCAAACACCACAGACUGUGCAGUGGUCCCUGCGGCAAUUUGUGAGCAGACUGCAGACAUGAUGACGGAUGGUGAGGCCAGUGAGAAUGAUGCAGGAUGUGUUGUUGCAGACGAAAAUGUGGUCAUAACAGUGCUGAGGUUGAACGAUGAGGUGAGCGCUGACGACAAAUCGCGGCAUGUGUUGAAACUGUGGCAUGUUCUGGACGCGAAGGGCGAGUUGAGGCUCAAUGAUUUUGAGUACGAAAGUGUCGACUGCGGAGAGUCAUGGGUGAUUGGCGGGUUGGACACUGCAGCGAAAUGUCUGCAGCCGGCAACAGUUGAUGGCAAGGUGACCAUGGCAGCGAAACUGCAGACAGGCCAUUGGCUGCCCUUGGGGUGGAUGCAUGCAGGCAUGGUGGAGCAGUGGCAGUUCUUGGUGGUAGUGGCACGUGUCUCCAUUUUCAAUGAAGAUGUGAAGGACCACGUGCUCGUUGUGGAGCAUGCAAAGCGGUGCCGAGAGAAGAUAAGGGAGGAGGACCGUCAGAUGGUGUGCAUGGGUUACGACUCCAUGCCAGACCAGGGGAUGUGGUCCAUGGUUGAGGGGAGUCCUGGUGGGCAAGGGCAGGGCGAUGGCGAGAACAGGUACAUGGCUCACAUCCGCCGCAGGCAUGGUUGCUCCGCCCUUGUUGGUUGGGUCCCGGCCGUAUGUCGCAUGACAUACGAGCAAGGUGGAGAGAUGAUGAUGAGGUUCAGGGACCCGCUUGGUGUGUCGUUUCUGCUGACGUACUCGGAUGGCCUCCUGCGAGACAUUCGGUAUAUGGUUGCCGAGGACACCCGAGGUGGACAUCGGAGGCCGGGACAGACGGAGGAGACGCGCCCGGGACAUAAGGACAGUUUGUCUGCUGAGGUGGAGGGCCCAUGUGGCGGUGAGCGAGUUGCAGGGUGCUCUGCAGCGCAAGGUGACGUGGCCGGGCCCAACAAGACAACGAUGUCCCACAGCCUGAGGAAGGUGAAGGCGGUUGUGUCGAGGCCGCGGAGGGGGAAGACGGCUCGUGACAAGCAAAAGAAGAACCCCCAGCCUGUGCCACAGACCGGUAACAAUGCAGAUGCGCCUGCACGGGUCCACAGACGCCGCAAACACCCCGGGAUGGCAGCUUUGACAGAGAUCAGGACGCUGCAACGAUCCACCGACCUUUGUAUCCCUUUCAGGCCCUUCUUGCGCAUCGUCCGCGAGGUGGUGGAGAAGGACAUUACCCCUAAUAAGGGUCUGAGGUUCCAGAUGACGGCUGUGCGUGCUUUGAUGGAGGCUGUGGAGGCUUACCUGGUCGCCAACUUCGAGAACACAAACGAAUUGGCGAUCCACUCGAAGAGGGUGACCAUCCAGGUGAGGGAUAUGAGGCUGGUGGAUAGGUUGACGAAGCCUCGCUGGGUGGAGAAAUAUCAGGGGAUAUUGGACGAGAGGGUUCGAGCUGAGGACAGGCAGCGACGGAUGGAUGCCAGACAGACUGAGAGGGAAGGCCGAGGAACAGGCGCGAAGAAGAGAAAGCCACCGACACCGAAUCGCAUGUGUGACGAAGGACUUGUCGACAUGACAAUGCAGCAGAAAGGGGGGACCUAUACACCUGAGGCUUUCAGGAAGUUUAUGGUGAGUGUGGCGAAGGGAAGGUACAUGCUUGUUGAAGGGGCGAACGACGAGUUGAAGAGGGGUGCUGCAGAAAUACUAGUGYUGUCCAGAAUCAAGGACAUGACACAAACACCGCCCCAGGACUUUCAAGAGCUUCCUGUGAUUGUUGCAGACGGUGUGGAAUACGUUCUGCUUGAUCAGCUAUGUGACCUCAUGAACAAGACAGAGGACGACAGGAACGUCAUUCAUGAGGCCUUGCACGAAGUCACAGAGUACGCCGUGCAGGGUCGAGAUCUCAUUGAUUUUGUGCCAGCAUCAGCAGGAGAGGAGAUCAUUAGUGGCAGACCAUUGUGGGGGGGCUUGUUGGGUUGUGCUCUGGAGCGGCUUGGUCUUGCAACCUGCGAUGUCGAGAGACARAGAGAAAGGGAAGAGGGUUGGAGGCUGAUURCSAGCGAAACAAGGUUACUGGUCAUUGAAGAAACCGGGGAGACAUCAGCAGCACAAGAUACGAAGCACAGAGAUGAUGCAGAGGAGGAGGAKGAGGAAGAGUACGAGGGGUCUGACGUGGAGGUGAGCGGCAGCGACGUCAGCAGCGACGAAGAGGACGACGACAAUGAUGUGUACUACGAUCUCAAGACGGCCUGUGGACAAGUAACCAAAGGCUGGGCACAUGCAAUCCUUAGGUUGGCACGAGUAUUUCCCGAUCCGCACAACGUGCUGCGUGUGGUGUUGAAGGGGGCGACACCUGAUGGCGCGAUGCAGUAUGCUGCAGAAAUGGACAGCGGUCUACGGGUGUGCGACUGCGGCAGACCUUUCAUGUCCGUACGGACUUUAAACUCGCAUCGUGCGAGGGCAUGCCCCGCCGUGGCGGAUGACGGAGCGCAAAGGCAGGAGAAUAAUGAUGCCCACGAUCCGGGACCAUCCAACAUAGGCGCAGCCAAUCUCGCUGGUGAUGUGAGCGAGGACGCGGGGGCGGAGGACGACGCGAAUGGGGCAGCCGGUGAUAACGCAGAGCCGGCAGCGCAACCCGUUGAGCCUUUUGACGGCUCGCGCAGGCUAGCGACGCUUAUUUUCUCCGCCAGGGGCACCAGGGGCGGCGUCGGUAUGUCACAUACGGACGUUGAUGCUCUCUUGUUACUUCUCAAAGACCCGAGAUUCAGGGCGACGGACAUUGCGUACCGCAACAGUCGAGAGUGCUUCACAUGGGCGGGCAGUUUAGUAGAGGCCGCUGGGUGGAAGGAGUUGGAUCUGCGUAGUGACGACUGACCUAUAGAAGCGCACGCCGUCUUGUGGCACCGCGAUUGGCGAACUGCAUUCUUAUCGAUAAUGCACGUCGCGUUGCAGAAAUGCGAGACGGUUCAUUCCCUCGAGGUGU